AUGGGGAAUACUCAUGUUAACUCCACGGCAAAAUUUUAUGAGCCGAUACAGGCACUUUUACGGGAUCGGGGGUUGAUGUUAUCUCACAAGACUAUUGGCCGUUUACUGAAUGAUAUAGAUCAAGCAGCGCCAUGGUUUGGAGUUUCGGGUACUUUGACUAUCCCUUCAUGGGAGAAAUUAGGAAAGGAUUUGCACCGUUUUCAUGAGGAGGGUAAGCUGUGCUGUGGGACUUUCCCUUUGUGGAAUUUAGUUCGAUCUUGUCUUAAGGAGGGAAAGUGUACAGACAUAGUGAAACAAGCGACGCAAGUUUUGCGGUCAUAUCAAGAUAGUGCUUCCGAAGCAGGCAGUCAUAAGGCUACAGAUGAUAGGCCUACAAAAGAAGAAUUAGUAGAUAAUAAGGUUAAGAAAAAGUUAAAAUCUAAACAACCAGACGCCCAAGAGACUGGGCGAGAACCAAUGUAUCCGCUAUUGUCUGGCUUGCAAGCCAUGUAUUUAUUAGAUGAUGAGGAGCUAGAUCCCGGCGAUGCUGCGGAUUUGGCAGAAGCUGCUGCAAAAUAUGAGGAGGAGCGUUAUGGCCCUUUUGGGGCUUUGCCCCCUUCUCGACCUCAGGAAUUUUUUGCCUCAAGGAGUGUUGUUCAACCUAGGCGUUCUGCGCCUUCCAUUCCUUCCCCGCAAUGUACUUUUAUUCCCCGCGAGGCUUGGUUUCAAGUUCCUUCUUCUUUGUCCAAUGCGUUUCCAGUAUUUGAAGAUCCAGCUACACGCCAGCGAUAUUAUGAUAUGAUAGAUCAUAAAUUAAUUAGAGAUCUUGCAGAAGCUUCCAAACGAGAUGGCAUUUCUGCUAAUUAUACUAUUAUGCUUUUGCAGCGGCUUACAAGAAAUGCCUUGACCCCUACUGAUUGGCAAGAUAUUGCUCGUGCGUGUUUAACGAUGGGGCAAUAUUUAGACUGGAAGUCUAUUGUUUCUGAUUUGGCUCACAGUCAAGCGAGGGAAAAUGCUGCCAAUGGGCAGCCUGCCUGGAAUGUAGAUAUGUUAUUAGGACAAGGACAGUGGAUAAAUAAUCAGACUAUGUUCCCUGUACAAGUUUAUAAUCAAAUAAAUGAGAUUAAUAUGCGUGCAUGGCGAGCCCUCCCAAAUAAAGGGGAGGUGUCAGGGAAUUUAACAAAAAUAAUACAGGGAGGCACAGAGCCAUUUUCUGAUUUUGUAGCCCGGAUGAUGGAAGCGGCGGGAAGAAUUUUUGGUAAUGUGGAUGAGGCGAUGCCUCUAGUGAAACAACUUGUUUAUGAACAAUGUACAAAAGAAUGCCGCCGAGCCAUUACACCUUUUAAAGGAAAGGACAUUGAAGUGUGGAUGAAAGCUUGCAGGGAGAUUGGAGGCCCUUUGUCUAAUGCAGGGCUUGCCGCUGCGGUAAUGACAGCUGCUAAAGGUAUGCAAGAUCCUGUGCGAUCUGGGAAUUGUUUCCAUUGUGGAAAACCAGGACAUUUAAAGAAACAAUGUAGAAUGUUAGGAGCUAAACCUAAGAUGUCCCAGUCGGCACGCCCUCCUGGGACAUGUCCAAGAUGCAAGAAAGGGAAGCAUUGGGCUAAUGAAUGCAAAUCUGUGAAGGAUAUUAAUGGCCAGCCUUUCCUACCCCUAACUCAAUCCAAGAGCUUUCAACCAACCUUUGGAAAUGCCCAGUCAAAAAACGGGUUAAUGGGCCCACGGUCUCAGGGCCCGAAAAUUUUUGGGGCCCACGAGAAUGUGAACUUGCAGCCACCCAAGCCCCGCGGCGAGCCACGGCAGGCUCCGCAGGGCUGGACCUCCGUGCCACCUCCCGAAUGGUAUUGA